UGUCAAGGAAAGAAGAAAUUAAACUAAGAAUAGAAUGGCUACUUCUAAUAUAAUUAUCAACUCAAUUGCUAUACUGAGGAUACUUACUCUCGCGUCGUGCGCAGCUGCCCUUGCACUUAUUGUUACAAACAACUUCAAAUUAGAUGGUGACAAAACCAAAUUCAGUGACAUCAAAGGCUUCAGGUAUGUCUUAGCAGCCGCUGCAGGAGGAGUUCUGUAUUCAUUGAUUCAGCUGCCUUUCGCACUGUAUUAUGCCGUCAAAGAGAAGAGGUUGAUUAAGGGCGACUUUCUGCCGAUGUUUGAUUUUUACGGAGAUAAGGUGAUAGCGUUCUUGUUGGCAAGUGGAGUUGGCGUAGGAUUUGGCGUCAGUAUUGAACUGAAAAUAUUGAUAGACCAAUUAGUUGACAGCUUUGAUGGAGUUGAGGAAUUUCAGGACAAGAGCCAAAAAUUUCUGGACAGAGGAAUUAUUGCCAGUGGAAUACUCCUUGUUGGUUUUACUACCAUGGCUAUACUCACCAUUUUUACUUCUGCCAAUCGCAAUGGAAGAGGCUUCUAGCUCUGACUAGAUGGAAAAUUUAAAAAAAUUCAAUUGCCAUCUUUUUCUGUAGUCAUUUCAUUUUGCGGUGUAAUACUCUCUACUUUGAUUUUGUAAGAACUACGAGAAUUCAUUUUGU